AUGGCGCCUCACAACGACGUUGCCGCCUUCCACGAAGCUCUGCGCUCCAGCAAGCGCAUCUUAGCUCUCUGCGGCGCCGGCCUCUCCGCCUCCUCCGGCCUGCCGACCUUCCGCGGCGCUGGCGGCCUCUGGCGUAACCACGACGCCACGGCUCUCGCGACCAUGGACGCGUUCAGCCGCGACCCGGGGCUCGUCUGGCUGUUUUACGCGUACCGUAGGCACAUGGCGCUCAACGCGCAGCCCAAUCCGGCCCACUACGCGCUGGCGGCGCUGGCGGAGAAGAACCCGGACUUUCUGUGCUUGACGCAGAACGUGGAUGACCUAUCACCCCGGGCAGGACACAAGACGGAGCAGCUCCGCCGCCUCCACGGAAGCCUCUUCGACAUCAAAUGCGCCAAUCCGAGUUGCACCCACGUCGACCGCAACAAUACCCUGGACCCGCUCUGCCCGGCCCUCGCCCCGGCCUCGGAGGACGUCAAAGACCCUUCCCAGACCCUUCCGCUUCUCGAUCCGACCCAGGAGCUAGCGCGCAUCGACGACGCCGACCUCCCGCACUGCCCAUCGUGCAAGACGGGGCUCCUGCGCCCGGGCGUCGUGUGGUUUAAUGAGAGCCUCGACGAGGCGAUGCUGAAUGGCAUCGACGAGUGGAUCCGCAAGGGCAGAGUCGACCUCAUGCUCGUCAUCGGCACGUCCGCCAAGGUAUACCCCGCCGCCGGCUACAUCCUCGAGGCGCGCAGGGCCGGCGCCCGGGUGUGCAUCAUCAACCCCGAGGCCGAGGUCAAGGGCCAGAGGAGGCCCAAAUUGAAGCCAGGGGAUUUCGCGUUCGCAAGAGACGCGGCCGAGGUAUUACCGCUACUGCUGGAGCCCGUCAUUGGGAAGAUGCCGACGGACGGGUAG